ACUGCCACGUCUUACGGUUGCGAGGGACCGGAGCGGAACGCCCAAACGCGUCUCAUUGAAGAAGACGAGCGACGCUCCGAGGCUCCCAUCCCCUAAGACAGUCAGACAUGUCGACCACAAUGUGUAAGCUGUUUGUUGGAGGACUGAAUGUUGAGACCACGGUGGAUGGCCUCCGCGGCCACUUCGAGCAGUUCGGGACGCUCAGCGACUGCGUGGUGGUCAUGAAUCAGCAGGUCGGCCGGUCUCGCUGCUUCGGCUUCAUCACCUACUCGACGCCGGAGGAGGCCGACACAGCAAUGGCGGCUAAGCCACAUGUUGUCGAUGGCAAAAACGUGGAGCUGAAAGAGGCCAUAGCCCGAGAGGACGCCGGUAAGCCGGACCUCCUCGCCAAUGUUAAGAAGAUCUUCGUCGGCGGCGUGAAGGACCACCUCGAGUCGGACCACCUGGUCGACUACUUCUCCACGUUCGGCGUGGUGGAGAAGGCCGAGAUCAUCUCCGACAAAACGACCGGCAGGAAGCGGGGAUUCGCCUUUGUCUACUUCGAGGACAGCGACUCCGCCACCAAAGCGGUGAACACCAAAUACCACGACAUCGACGGGAACCAGGUGGAGGUGAAGAAGGCCAUGACCAAGCAGGAAAUGUCCACCGGAGGCGGCCGAGGAGGCCGGGGCCGAGGGAUGCAGAACUUCGGUGGCGGAAGAGGAGGUGGAGGCGGCUACGGGAGAGGCUACGGUGCCAGUUAUGGUGGCGGCGGCGGUUACGGGUACGGAGAUGGUUACAACGGCGGCGGCGGAGCAGCUUACGGAGGUGGCUACGGAGGCUACGAAGAAUACGGCCAGGGUGGCGAUUACAACAACGGGGACUAUGGGGAGGGCUACGGACAGCAGCAGUCCCACUAUGGUGCAAUGAAGGCGGACAGCUAUUCCUACAGGAGCGCGGCUCCUUACAACCGGGGAGGUGGCGGCGGUGGCUAUGGCCGAGGUGGCGGCUACGGCGGAGGUUAUCAGUGACACCCUCCAUUUUGUGAGAUGUCUAUGGGGGAAAUUCUGAACUUGAAUCUACACACACGGACACAGUACACAAGCCCAGGUGGAUGGGAGUGGGGGAGGGGGUGUGAUGGUCCUCGUGGUUCAGGGCCCAUCACCCACCAUGCAUUAAUGAAUGAGAAUGACCUCCUGGAUCCUGCCCCCCCAACCUCCUCUAUUUCCACACAUGGACUUUACUACUAAGAAUUGUGAAUUAUUGAAUUGUACUUAAUGUCUUCUUUGGGGGUGGGGUGGAUUGUUUUGAAAUAUUUGUAAUCCAUGUCAGUCACUGCUUUUCCACUCAGAUGUGAGUUUUUUUUGUCUUGCAGACAUGCGUUACUGUUGAUUCAUGAGCUCAGGGUUUUAGGAGAAGUUGGCGGAAGUGUCUGGCCACGGGGGACUCGACUGCUUGAAUUUCUUGAUCUUAAAAAAUCCAACAAAUUAUUUUUUUCGCACGGUUCUGUUUGACUGUAGAUUGACUUUAUUCCACCUAUCCCGUCCAAUUAGGCCUCCGGGCUUUUGUUUAAAUUAAAACUGUUUUUGAAAUCCAUGUGUUCAGUUCUCCCCAUAUGUUGUAUUCUGCUUUUAUUAAAGUUUUUAAUGUUUUGAAAAUCCA